AUGUCUUCUGAGGUUUCGGCGCUGGACACUUUCCCCGGAGGAGCGGAGAUGCACUCUCUAAUCGCAGCGGCAAGGCAACCCUCUACCCAAAUAUUCGAUAGAGUGCUUAAAGCCGGGGCUGAUGCUUCAAGCUGGACUUCAAAAAGAGUCCUUGAUUCAUACAGUCCGACGAUUUCCAGUCUCGCAAUCUCGAGCCCCCAACACACUACGGUUGAAGCAAAUGUUCCCAUGAUACCUCACCUCCUUUCUCUCGGCUUUGAUCUAAAUUUAGCUCCACUGAGCACAUCACUCACAUGCUUGACUCCUGUUAUGAGUACUUUCCUCACCAUCGACACUCCACCAGUCUCCCCUAAACCCGUGGAACCACCUUCAAGACUUUCAGCUCCUGGUUUGCCUCCAGCAUUCAACCUCCGCGCCUACACAUCCUUCCUUUCCCACGCUUCACCGAGCCUAACUCUUACCACGCCCAUCCUCGCUAUCCAUACUUUCCACUUAGCUGUUGCACAUGGCUCUCUCCCCCUCCUCCAACACAUUAUGCUAUACCUUGCUACAAAUAGCAUGAUUACCCCUUUCUGCUGCCCAUAUCAGAGUCCAUUCACUUGCGGUCUCAAAGUCUAUGCACGACACGCGGUCACUAGCUUAUCCUCGGUCUUGUUCUAUCACCCCUCCUGGACUAGGAACAUCUCAAGCCCCUUCCACCCUCCAGCAACAAAAGCAGAGGAGAAUUACCACACUUCACAGACCGCUCUUAUAGACUAUGUUGUCUUGAAACUAACUCAAGAUGUCCGCAAGCAAGAUGUUUUCGGAAACACAUCUCUACAUUACCUCGCCUCACACGUCGUCCCAAACAAGAAUUCGAUUUCCCUCUUACGCGCUGUGGAAGGUGGGGAAGAGGGUUGGGGCAAUAUCAGAAAUCCGUGGGGGUUAGUGCUAAGGAUUUAUUCGAUGGAGACGAGGCCGAAGACGAAGUGCAGAAAUGGAGGAACGAGAAUGAACGAGAAUUGA